CAGAGCGGCGGAGAAACUUCAUUCUCACUUCUCAGUGGGGACCGGAGGAAUUACCGUGUGCAGGCACCGGGCACUCUCUGCUCCCCUGAGCCAACGCAGGGUCUCCAGCACCAUGAUCGGUGCUCGCUGCCACCUCGGAUUCAUGCUCCUGGCCGAAGCGGUGCUGUGUGCUGCUGCCACACGGUUUCAAGAUGUGCUGAGCCAGGGAAGUACUUCUCCUGUCACAUCCUACAGGAAGCUACAAGGCUGGUCUAGUGAUCAAAAUAAAUGGAAUGAAAAGCUUUAUCCUUUCUGGGAAGAAGGAGAUCCCAGAUGGAAGGACUGCUGGAAAGGAGGAAGGGUGACAGUCAAAUUGGACACUGACAGCCCAGCACUGGUAGGAUCCAACGUGACCUUUGCUGUGACUCUCCAGUUUCCCAAGUGCCAGAAGGAAGAUAAUGAUGGCAACAUAGUAUAUGAGAGAAACUGUACCCAGGAUUUUCCAGUUUCCCAGGAUCAGCAAGUCUACGUCUACAACUGGACUGAAUGGAUUGACAACUGUGGCUGGGAAAACUGCACAAGCAACUACAGCCAUAAUGUAUUCCCAGAUGGGAGACCUUUCCCUCAUUAUCCUGGCUGGAGGAGAAGGAACUUUGUCUACGUGUUUCACACAUUUGGUCAGUACUAUCAAAGAACCGGACGAUCUUCAGCAGUGUUUUCAGUCAACACAGCAAAUAUCACUCUUGGAAAACAUGUGAUGGCAGUAUCCAUUUACAGGAGAGGGCAUUCAUCAUAUGUUCCAAUUGCAAGAGCAAGUGCCAUUUAUGUUGUAACAGACAAAAUUCCAGUAUUUGUGAGUAUGUUCCAAAAACAUGACCGCAACAUCUCAGACUCCAUUUUUAUCAAAGACUCGCCAAUCACAUUUGAUGUGAAGAUCCACGAUCCCAGCUACUAUCUUAAUAAUUCUGCCAUCUCUUACAAGUGGAACUUUGGGGAUGGAAGUGGCUUAUUUGUAGCCAGCAGUCCUGUGGUGUCUCACACCUAUACUCUGCAAGGAAACUUCACUCCAAAUUUAACUGUCCAAGCCAUCAUACCUGUACCUUGUAAGCCAGUGACACCCACUGCACCACUGCCCACCUCAGCAGAAUACUCCUAUGAACAACUUGUUCUAAAGCCAUGCAUCUAUUCUUUCUCCUUCAACUCUACAGUAAUGACUGGAGCAUCUUCUAAUGCAGACUAUUCUAUCACUGUUGAGUCAGUGGAAGAUAUACCAGAUGAAGGUUGCCAUAUUUACAGAAAUGGAUACUACAGAAAUGGUAUCUCUGUCGUAGAGGGAAUCCUUGAGGUAAAUAUUAUACAGAUGAUGAGCAUCCAGAUGACAGAAAGUCAAGCUGAAAACUCACUGGUUGACUUUGUUGUUACCUGCCAAGGGAGUCUCCCCACAGAUGUCUGCACAGUAGUUUCUGACCCCACAUGUCAGGUGUCCAAGUCUGUGCUAUGCGACCCCGUCACCAUCACUGAUGAAUGCUUACUCACCAUCAGAAGAGCUUUUGAGGAACCUGGAACAUACUGUAUAAACAUCACCUUGGGGGAUGACACAAGUCAAGCCCUUGCCAGUGCGCUGAUUUCUGUAAAUGGAGGAUCAUCACCAGGAAAAACAGAAGGCGUCUUUAUCUUCCUCGGUGUGUUGGCAGUAUUGGCUGCCAUUGGGGCUUUUGUCCUUUACAAGAGGUACAAGCAAUACAAGCCUAUUGAGAGAAGCACAGGACAAGCAGAGAACCACGAGGGACUAACUGCUUACUUGAGCAAUUUCAAAGCAAUUUUCUUCCCUAGUAACACUGAGAAAAAUCCUCUGUUGAAAAGCAAACCAGGCAUUGUUUAAACCUUUAGUCCAACACUGCUUAGAUUCCGUAUAGAACUCAUAUCUGAACUGUACUUUGAUGGGUUUUUCUUAUUGUUAAAAACCAGGGGUAAGGUGAAAGCACAUAUAGAUGGAGUGUUAACUUUCGGGGGCUUGGUGCCAUUAGAAAUACUAAAAUAGUCCUUUGUAGAAAACAAGGAGAUAGUUUUGAGCACUUGCUGUUCUUGCUUGUGAUCUAGGAUAUACUGUUCUGAAUAACCAACACCCUCACCCUUCACCCUUUAUCUGGGUUUUCUUAUUUCUAGGUUAAUUAGCUGCAAAAGCAAUCAGAUCCAUAAUCUGGAGGUGGGG